AUGGAGAUCACGGAGCGCACGGACAGCACAGGCGGCCAGAGGGCGGCUGGCGAAGACAGCGCUGCCCUCGACGGUCCGACGCGGCGCGGGGGCGCAGACUCCGGGUACAGCGCCUCGGCCCCGCCCUGCGCCUCCCCAACUCCAUCCCUCCCGCCUGCGCCUCCCCAGCUCCUCCCCUCCGCUCUCCAACCCCCACACCCUCCGGGCCCUCGCUCAGCACCGGUCAGUUCUCCCAGGUCUGGGCUCACGUCUCCUCUGCGCGCCUUGUGCCCCCCACCUCGCAGAUCCACAGGCUUCUGGCGACCGUGGGUUGAAGACCCAGGCGAGAAGGAGGAGGAGACGCCGCACCGCGCCGCGGAGGCGAUGCCAGAUGGCCCCGGAAUAACGGACGCCUCGGGAAAGCCUUCCCCAUACAGACACCCAGUCAGACUAUUUUGGCCAAAAUCAAAGUGUUAUGAUUACUUAUAUCAAGAAGCAGAAACUCUUCUGAAAAAUUUUCCAAUUCAAGCCACAAUUUCAUUUUAUGAAGAUUCUGAUAGUGAAGAAGAACUUGAAGAGCUGAUUUGUGAAAAUUAA